AUGCACCCCUUCGGCCGGGAGGAAGCGGCCUCCCUGGAGCGGCUCGCGGGCUUCUUCCGCGAGUGCGUGCGGCGCGGGCGCUGGGAGCUGGCGCGGGCCUGCGCGCCGCAGCUGCGCCGCGCGCCCGGCCGCCGCGCCGUCGAGCGCGCCCUGCUCGCGCUCCUCGCGCGGCCCCUGCCCGCCAGAUGUGCUUAUUACUUCCCUAGAUGUGGGCAGAACUGCAGCCCUCGAAGAGCUGCGUGGCUAUGGCUUCUUGUGCUGGAAAAAUGGCUUGCCUGUGAUCAGAAAACUGUUCCAGUUGCUCUUCAGAGAGAAACUGAAUUUUUACUGCUCUUGGAAGAACUACAGAAAGAUGUCUCUGAGGAAGUUCUAAAAGAGCUGUUUGAGGCAUUUGAGUGCACGCAAGACACGCAUCCCGCAGACAGGAUGAGAAAGGAUGACCAUUCCCACAGCUUCAGUCUGGGAGCCGUUUCAGCUCUCCGGAAGCUUUUGCUGCGAGCUCCCCAGAAGACCCAAGCUCUGCUGGAGUUCCUCCGGGGGGAACAAGCCGCACACGGCGCCUCUCUCCAGCAGUAUUCCUCUCUGCAGAAUAUCUUUGUUGACUUCCUUCGCGAAUCCUUAAAAUCCCUGCAGAGACGUCAGUGCCAUUCUGAGAUUUCAGGAGAACUGGAUCAGAGAGAACUAGUGGAUACAGUUUAUGGUGCUCUUACUAUGAUGAAUUUUGAUCCGGAACAUCAGCCUGAUGAAAUUCGGCAGCUCUUCAGGGAGCUGUCGGAUGCGUGUUGGGCUGAAGGGAGCCCACUGAGGGAAGAGAAGUUACUAAGCUGCAUGCUAAGGAAACGGAGCUACGGCCUCUUAAACAUCUACAGCAGUGUUUUUGUAGACAGAACAAAAGAAAGAUUUCUGGUGUCAAAAUCAAAAGGCUCCUCUGAGCAGCUGGAUACAGAGCGAGCAGUGAUGGCUUUGUUCUCAGAUCCCAAAGAGGCUGCUUCUUGGAAGACUGCCUAUUUCUAUUGCUUGAGCAGCAGCAAGCACUUUCUGGAGCAGAUUCUGGUGACUGCAUUAACCUUACUGAAAAGAGAAGACUUCUCAGGCCUGCAGAGUUUACUGAGGAGGGAAUUCAACCCCCUCAGUCGCCUUUUGAUAUUGCUAGGAUGGACUCACUGUCGGAGCUUGGAAUCGGCAAAAGCAUUGCUGUGGACUCUUCACAAAACUCAGGAUCUGUGCAAUGAUUUGGUGUUAAAGGAUUUCUGUGAUGGUCUCUGGGCUCAAGUGGAAGUCCUUGAAUGGUGCAUACAGCAAAACAGUAUUACUAUCCCAAAGAAGGUUCUUCUGCACCACCUGCAUAGUCUAGAUAGCCACACUGCAGUAUACUCUCUUCAUCACCUCACUAAUCUGCUGGCACUGAACGAAGAUGAUGUAAUUGAGCUUCUUCAAAAGAUUCCUUCUAGAGACCAACAGAUGCAGGUGCCAGCGGUUCCCAACGUGCUGAGCCAGCGGCGCAACGUGGCGCUGUUCCGUGCCUUCUGCGCCAUGAAGUACGCGAUCUACGCGCUCUGCGUGGGCUCGCGCCGGCAGUCCGGCUGCAGGGGCUGUGUGCACGGCCCUCCUGCUGAUGGCCCUGAAGACACAACUGCUCCCAGAGAAGCGGCAGGAGGCUGGCCUCCCUGCUCAGAUUGCUCAUCAGUCUUUCCCCAACACCUUGUGAAAUGUCAGCAGUUCUUAAGGAGUGUUCCUGCUCCCCUGCGCCUGGAGCUUCUGGAGAACAUCUUCUCCUUGCUUUUUGUUUCGUAUAGUGACCUUCACACAGAGAAUCUCCAACCUGAGGACUAUGCAGAGGAGGAUGAUCUUGACAAGAAGAGUUGUACUGUGAGUGUAGAAGGCAGUACUAGUCGACAGUCUUCCACUUCAGAAAGUCCACAGCACCAAGUAGAGGCUGACAAGAAAGUAGAGAAGCACCUGCUAGCUGCUCAGAGAGUGCACUCAGAUACUGGGGCUUUUUCUGACUCAGAGUUGCGUAGUAAAAGCUAUAAAUGUUCUCAGCAGAGCUACCUGGAUCUGAAACACUUCACCAGUGGUGUCACUGGCUUUUUAGUGGAUGACGUGACCAUGGAUGCCUUCCUCAAGUUGCUCCUCAACCACCUGGAAGAAAUUCAGAGUUCUCUCCCAUGGGACUCCAGUAAUGUGCUUUGUGAAGAGCUGGAGCUUGUCGAGUGCUUGAAUCUUUCUGCAAGCAGAGACAGUUUUGGGAAUCGUGUACUGCAGUUUUCCAAGCACCUUUCUGAAGCUCACUGGCGAUACAAAGUGGUGAUGAGUAACAGAAGUGCAGAACAUCAACUUGCAGCAUCCAGAAGAUACUGCUCUUUAAGCAGAUGCUCCAGUUUAAGGAAGAGAAAUAAAUCUCAAAGGUACAAGACAGAGAAAGAGGGAACUUCCAGCCCGUUGUUGGAAACCACAAGUAGCGAGCUAAGCACCACCAGCACCUCAGAGGGAAGUACCAAUAAUGUGUCUGGCUGGAGUGAUGCAGAAAGUAGGAUGAGACCACAGCAGCAAAACUCUCUGAUUCCUAUGAUGCUUUCCCCACCAGAAUCACUCCUGGUUUCUUGUGUUUUGAGAGGAAAUUUCAUAGAAGCCCACCAGGUGGCUUUGAUGUUUAAUCUGGAUAGUUCGUCUUGCUAUGGUGAGCUAGUUUUCAUGGAGCGCUACCAAGAGGCGGUACGAGAGAUGGCCAGAGUGGAGCACAACAUUGAGAAUCAAACAUCAGAUGGCACUGGAGGCAUCAGGAGAUCUGGCAGUGGCCGUUCAACACUCCAGGCUAUUGGGAAUGCAGCAGCAGCAGGCAUGGUAUUUUAUUCCAUCUCGGAUGUUACUGAUAAAUUGCUUGCAACUUCUGGAAGUCUUGCCCCAACUCUUCAAGAAAACUUCUGGACCAGCAACAUCCAGCUGGAGCAUACUGAUCCUCUGCGGGAAGUCCUAGAGGACCUCAGUCCUUCAGCAAUGGCAGCUUUUGAUCUAGCUUGUACUCAGUGCCAUCUUUGGAAGACUUGUAAGCAGCUUUUGGAAACAGCAGAAAGAAAACUGUACAAUAGCCUUGAAACUCGAGGCCACAGACUGGACUUUGUUUUAGUGCACUCUGAAGGCCUAAAGGGCUUCCCAGCAGUUCUUCAGCAAAUCAGUAAAAUUCUCAACUGUUCCUGCGCAUCACAAGGAGGGCAGUCUAAGUCAGAGAUCUCAGAUGAGAAAAGUGGUCCCUUUCGAUGCAGUAUUGUAGACCUUCUACAGGCUUGCUACCCUGCCUUGACUGAAGAGAGCAUUACUAAUGAGAUUACUUUAUCCCAAAAUCUCGAUCAGAUUCUAAAAGCACUGACCCGUGUUGAACAUUCUCUUGACUCUAAAGGGAGCCUGCUUAGCAGCUUGGUAGAACAGGCCUCUCUGAAACCUGUGGAACUGGAGAAGCAUCCAGUUUGGAAUCAAACCCAGCUCCUGUUGAAAUCUAUUGACCAGUACAUCCAAACCACACCAGAGAGCAGCACAAAGACAAACUUCCUGAAGACCUUCUUUGACUAUAUUACUACACUGGCUAGUGUUGUGUUGCGAAGCCUGAAUGCAGACCUAGAUCCAUCUGCAGAAGUGAAAGUGGGGAAUCCUUUCAUACUGUUACAGCAGAGUCCAUCUCACCUGCUCUCCCAACUUGUGUUUGAGAAGCAGGUUCAUCCCGACAGGCUUGCUUCCCUUUUGGCUAAAGAAGAGUUGAACUUGAAUUUACAGCAAGUUAUUGUUAACUGUUGCUGUGAGCCACUCUCCUUGUGCAGCACAAGGCAAAACAGCCAGAAAAUAUCCCUUCUGGUAAACAUAAGCAACCUAGCACACCUGUAUGCCUACAACUGCUUGCCAGAUGUUGAAAUACCCAUCUACAAUCCUGCAAGAGCCUCUGAGGAUGACUGCACGCUGGCCACGUCCUCCAUGGCUGGCCUGAACCAGAACACGCUCACCACCUCCUCCCUGGACUUCCUAAAGUUGCAGUCGCGGCUAAUGGCCACAGUGGCAUGUUUAAGUGCAGCAAGUGUACAGGAAGCUCCAAGAUCCAGUUUAUCUUGGAUGGAGUUUUGGGGCAAGCGGGAGGUGCCACUAGGUAUGGAGCAGAUUUCCAAGGAGUGCGAGGCUUUGUUGAAGGAAUUCUCAAUCCUGGAGCGAUUUCUUCUGAUGAUGCUUGAGCCGUUUGGAAAUCAGCAGGAGGAGGGCAGCAGUUUGGCUAGUGUCCUCUGUGGCAAGGCACACAUGUCUCUGGUUCUCUUAGGACUGCAUUCCUCCACAGCUGUGGAUGAACUCAUGGGGGUCUUUGAAGAAGCACUUGCAGCAAAGGAUUGGGACAGAGCUCUGAAGGUCUUGGAUCUGUACAGCCAAGGUGUGGAGGAGCUGGCCAGUGUGAAGGAUGCUGUGCUGAGCUGUGCAGCUGCUGAUGGUAAAGAUGGUUGGCAGUACUUGUUUCCUGUAAAAGAUGCAACGCUGAGGAGCAGGCUGGCCCUGCGCUGUCUAGACACAUGGCCCCUUGAUGCCUGUUUGGAAAUCCUAUCUUAUUGUGCCUCGGAUUUGGACAUAACUGGUGAACUAAAAUCUGCUCUGCAGAGCAGAAAGAAAGAACUGCAGGUUUAUCAGAAGAUAAUGAAUUUACAAAAUGAGCCACUGUGGAGUGACUGGCAGGAUCUGAAAAGAGCCUGCACUGAUGAUCCUCAAACCAUCAUGGAUAUCAUUCUGAAGGCAAAGGAUUAUGAGUUGUGCGAGGAAUGGGGCCACUUGUAUCCUGUCCCAAGAGAAAAUUUAAUAAGCUUUCACCAAGAACACCUCCUCCAUUUACUGGAGAUGGGAGACCUGGAAAAAGCAUUGAAGCUCUUGCAAAGAAUAGAAGACCCUGAUAUUUGCCUCGCCAUCAGUGAGCAGUGUCUUGAUCAGCACCCCAGCUUGGCAGCCUCUCACUUCCUGGCCAACUACCUCACAACUCACUUCUAUGGGAACCUGACAGCUGCACGACAUAAUGAAAUCCAGGCUCUCUACAUGGGAUCAAAAGUGUUGCUGACUCUACCUGAGCUCUACCGUGUUAACUACUUCCACCUCUCCUCCAGGCCACUGCUCAUGCUGGAGCAGCUCCUCAUGAAUAUGAAAGUGGACUGGGUAGCUGUGGCUGUGCAGACACUACACCAACUCUUAGCUGGACAGGACAUUGGCUUUACCGUAGAAGAUAUUGAUAACUUGCUCUCCAAGUAUGCAGAAAAAGCCCUUGACUUCCCUUUCGCAUUAAAAGAAAAGAGAUCAGAUUCUGUCAUACGUAUGCAAGAGAGUCUCAAUCAAAUAUUGGAGUGUGAAGCACUGUCUAAAUCAGGAUCACCAGAACCAUCUUAUGCCAACUUUACUGGCAUUACUCUAUCUGCAAGCUCCAGAGACAGAAGUCUGCAGCAGAAUUUGCCUCCUCAAGAAUUUGUGCCACCUGAGAAGCCACCGCCAAAACAGCAAUGGAUACCUGAUGACACUGAGAUGAUAUGUAUGGUCUGCAAAACCGAACGCUUUACUAUGUUCAACAGGCGUCAUCACUGCAGGCGCUGUGGCAGGCUAGUGUGCAGCUCUUGCUCCACCAAGAAAAUGACAGUAGAAGCUUGCAGAGAGAAUCCAGCUCGUGUAUGUGACCAGUGCUAUAGUUUCUACAACAGGGAACAUCUGCCUGGCUCUGUACAAGACACAAGCAUCACAAAAGAAGAUCAGGACCAAGCAGAAGCCACGGAGGCGUCUACUAACAAAUAUACCACAGUGGUGCAAAUUCCUGAAACAACUGAGCUUGAAUGGAUUGUGUCCCUCAAUGAAGAAGAAAAUGAAAUUGUACGCAGUGAAUUUUAUUAUGAGCAGGCUCCCAGCUCUUCCCUGUGUAUUGCCAUCCUCGGUCUGCACAGUGAUAGCGUGGUGUGUGGCCACCAGUUGAUAGAGCACUGCUGCAAACUCUCCGAAGGGCUGACGAACCCGGAGGUGGAUGCAGGACUGCUUAUGGACAUCAUGAAACAACUGCUUUUCAGUGCCAAAAUGAUGUUUGUUAAAGCUGGAAGGAGCCAGGAUCUGGCGCUCUGUGACAGCUACAUCAGCAAAGUGGAUGUGUUGAAUAUUUUGGUUACUGCUGCCUACCGUCCUGUGCCAUCUCUGAAUCAGAUUCUUCUCCCUGCAGCGGUAACAAGACUAAGAAAUCAGCUUUUGGAAGCAGAGUAUUAUGAAUUAGCUAUAGAGGUUUCUACAAAAUCCGGGUUGGAUCCAAGUGGAGCAUGGCAUGCCUGGGGCAUGGCUUGCCUUAAAGCUGGGAAUCUAAGUUCAGCAAGAGAGAAGUUCAGCCGAUGCCUAAAGCCACCUGUGGAUCUAAACCAGCUGACCUAUGGCUCAAGGUUGAUCCAAGAGGUGAUACAGUAUCUGGAGUCCACAGUGAAGCCCAUACACGUUGUGGAUGAUGACUACUUUGCCACGCUGAGGGAACUUGAAGCAACACUGAGAACAAGAAGUCUGUGUCUGGAGCUGGCGUGUGAGGGGAAGAUUCAGCACAACAGUUACUACCAGGAGUGCCUGUUCUAUCUUCACAGCUAUGGCACUAAUUUAGCAAUAAUAAGCUUUUACAUGAGGCAUGACUGCAUGCGAGAAGCACUGCUUCACUUGCUAAAUAAGGAAUCCCCAGCUGAAGUGUUCAUUGAAGGGAUCUUCAUUCCAAGUUAUGAAAGUGGAAAACUGCAUAUGUUGGAGAACUUACUAGAAACUAUCGAUCCGGGCUUGGAGAGCUGGGGAUCCUACUUGAUUGCAGCCUGCAAACACUUGCAGAGAAAGAACUAUUACCAUAUCCUAUAUGAACUGCAACAGUUCAUGAAGGAUCAUGUUCGUGCUGCCAUGACCUGCAUUAGGUUUUUCACUCAUGGAGCAAAGUCUUACACAGAACUGGGAGGCAAGCAGGCAUGGCUCCUAAAGAUCAAGGAUCACCUCAAAGUCUACCUGCAAGAGGUCUCGAGAAGCUCAGGGAGGAAAAAAAUGGUAUUCACCUUCCGGAAAAAAAUGUCUGCUACAGAUGUGUCAAGACAUAUCAAUACAGUUGAGCUGCAGAUGGAAGUAACAAAGUUCCUGCACCGAUGUGAGAGCUCGGGAACCUCUCAAAUGACAGAUGCUUCCUUGCCUACGCUCUUUGGAAACAAUAAUAUGAAAAUGGAUGUUGCUUGCAAGGUCAUGCUAGAAGGAAAAAAUAUUGAAGAGGGAUUUGGGAUUGCCUUCAGAGUCCUUCAGGACUUCCAGCUGGAGGCUACCGAAGUGUACAGCAAAGUGGCCAAGCAGCUGGUGAAGCAGCAGAAGUACAGCGAGAUCCGGCAGCUCCUCAAGUGUGUCAACGAGUCUGGAGCUGCGGCCAAGAACGAUGGGGAUAACAUCAUCCUGAGCUGUCUAAACGAGUCCAAGAGCAUUCCUGCUGAGGAUCUUGAUAAUCUGAUUCAGGAUAUGGACAGUGAUGAAAACAAGAUCCAGGCCUACCUGCUGUGCAACAAGCUGCGCUCUGCCUACCUGGUGUCGGUGCGGCAGGAGGCGGCGCGGGCCGUGCAGCUGGUGCAGCACGUGCGGCAGCUGGCGCAGAGCGGCGGCGACGACGUCGUGCAGGCCAUCUGCGCCCAGUGGCUCCUGGGCCACCAGCCCCGAGCGCGCGGCCGCCCGGCCCACGGCCCCAGGAAGUAGCCGCUCUCGGGCCUCCUCCGGGAAGGGCUCGACUCCCCCGGCUCCGCGAUCCUGUGGUGACAGGGGGGUCUCUUGGAGGGUGCUGGUGGCCAAUGGAAGCUGCUAAUGAUCCUCUGGCGAAAGGAAGGGAACUAACGUACAAGUGCCAGGGCUUCUUGCUACCUCAGGGUGUUUUCUGGCCUCUGUGUGUGCGUCUGUGUGUGUGUCUGUGUGUGUGUGGAGACUUUCAAACUGAACAAAUGAGACGUUUUAGCUUUAUGGAAGAAGGCACUCAUGUAUUUUAGGAAGAUAAUGAUCUUUUGGUCAUGGUUCUUAUUUUUAACCCAUAAAACCUUCACAGAGAGGAUGGUAACAUCUCAUCAGUAUGAUGUAGCCUAGAAUAUAUAUGGUGGGUUUUUUUU